AAAUUGUAUUAUCUACUAUUUCAGUGGGUGGUCCACCCGUUCGAGAAAACUUGUGGGGUCUGAUUAUUAGUGGUGGGGUGAAAAAUGGUGGGGGACGAGAUUCUUUAUGGGGAAGCGACAUUUCUUUUUACCCCCAGUUCUAAGACAAUAGCCCCCCUCCCCCACACCUUUGAUACGGAAAUGGUGUGUUGGUAUCGGAGUUCUAUGUAGAUUUGCGGUCAAGAUGAUUUAUAUAUAUUUGUAUAUCGCUGUGAGUUAUGAUCUGGAAAAGGUAUCUUCUUCUGGUACAAGAUAACCGUGUAAACGUACAAUAUGACAUUCAACAAUAGUUUAGUAAUUCCUAAUGGAAUCUUCACCCCAAUUCCUACUUACUUCAAAGAUGACGGAGACUACACGUUAGAUUUAGAGACACAAGUCAAGCAUGCUAAGAUGUUGUACAAAGCAGGUAUAAAUGGGCUUGUAGUCUCUGGAUCUAUGGGAGAAGCUGCCAACAUUACCAUGCAAGAAAGAUGCUCUGCUUUAAAGGCAAUCAGAGAAGCUGUCCCAGAUACUAAUUUCAAGCUUAUUGCUGGAAUCCCUCCAUCCAGUUAUAGAGACAUCAUCGAAGAAUCAAAACUUGCCAGCGACGUGGGUGCUAACUUCAUCAUUGUAUUGGUUCCAGGUUACUUUGGCUCAAAGUUAGUGUCUCAACAAGGUAUUAUUGAUUACUUCAAGCUUGUUGCAGAUGGAAGCAGCUUACCUAUAAUGAUUUACAACUACCCAGGGGUUGUCAAUGGUGUGGAUAUUGAAGUUAGUACUUUUGAAGAGCUUUCAAAGCACCCAUUUAUUUCUGGAGUGAAGCUAACUCAUUUCAACUUAGAUACAUACAUAUUAUUGGGGAAAAACCCAGUAUUGAAAGCAAACCACUUCACGUCCUUUACUGGAUUAGGACAGGUUCUUGUUCCAGCUCUCUCGGUGAAUAUUAAAGGUGCCAUUGAUGGUUUAUCUGGAAUUUUCCCAAAGACUAUGUUGAAGCUUUUGAAAUUAUAUGAGGACGGUAAGUAUGAUCAAGCCGCAGAUUUGCAGUAUCUCGUUACAAGAGCAAACAUGAUGAUUGGUGAGUUUAACGUUUAUGGUGUUAAAUAUGCGCUUAAACAAAUCUACGACUUUGGAGACUGUAUCACAGGUAGACCUCCAUUGAGCACCCAUAUCGACGUAGGUAAAUACAAGAAAUAUCAAAAUGAUAUUGAUGCCUUAAUUAGAUAUGAGAGCUCUUUAUAAAUCUGAUUAAGAAUAAAUGUUUGCAAGGAAAAUGUUGUCUGUAGAAUAGAUUAACUAUGUCUUACGAUCAAUGAUACAAACACCUACGCCUACUCUUAUGGUACGCUCAUCUGUAUUCCCAGAAAGUAAUAAUACAUUGAUAUAUACAGUA